AUGGCAGUCAUUGAAAGCAGCCACCAGGCAAGAAGUUCAGACAUGGAGAUAAGGACUUCUGGUGCUCUUGUGGACAGCAUGGAGCUGGUGACGAUGCCGGCCGGGAGCAGGGAGCAAGCAUCGUCGCCUGCCAGGCAUGGUGCGAUGCCGGCAGCGAGUGGGGUCACGGGGCACGUCAGUCCCCCUGCUGGUGGUGGGGAUUUCACCCUGUCGGGAGCAAAGCCGUUGGAUAGCCCAUCUGCUGGGACACCGACUCGCCUGCCUGCCCGCCGCCAUCCUCCCGCCACUGAAAGCCAUCACCAUGCUGCAGGCAGCCAGGGGAGAGACAAGAGGGCUCUGGCUUCUCCCUACACCCCUGCUGAGAGGAUGUCACAGGUUUUGUCAACCAUCAACACCGAUUCGGCCGAGAGGACGCUGGGCGGGCGCCACAGGGCCCGGGACAUGGCAGGGUUUGACAAUGCGACAAGGACGGUGCUGCUGCCUCCUUCUGCAAAAACUCAUCCCCCAGGCACUGGUGGCCCCUCUCAACUGGUGGGUACCACAGCCACUUCACCCAGCCCAGCAGGGAGCAGCGGGGGGACGCUGCGGCCUCUCCCCAGCACCUCCCUCCCUGGCUCUCUGGGACAGCUCCAGUCUUCCCCGCAAGCUUCCAGUACCCAGACUGGUGUGAACCAUGUGGCACUGGAUGCCCAGGAUGUCAUGGGGGACACCACAAACCCUAUCCUCACAGCAUUGCCUGCCACGGACAGCGCUUUUGGAGCCAUUGGAAGCAGCCACCAGCCGUCCAACGUCUUGGCCACGGAGAGGAGAGUUUCAGAUUUCCCCGCCACCAGUACCUCCGUUUCCACAACAGCCACCAAGGGUGGAGGGAGGACGUUACGGUCUCUGCCAGCCAGCACCAGACUGGCUCAAACAGCAGAGAUUUCCACCACUGGUACUGAAAUCACCAGCUCUUCAGGCCGGACCUGGUCUCCUGGGACAUCUUUGGGAGCCCAGGGUGGAGGCGGCAAAGGUGCCACAGAACCGCUGCUCACAGGCUUGCCAUCUGCUUCGGAAAGUGCUUCCACGACCCUUAGCAGCAAUUACGAACCCAAGAGCAUCCCAGCUGCAGAGGAGGCGACGCUGCCCUCGGACGCCCGUGGUGCUGACGUGACCAGCAUGGCAGUAGGGGCACCAGGGUCCCCCCCAAAUGGCCGUACAGCCGGGGUGACAAGGGGCUCUGCCACCAGCACCAACCCCACCAGCUCUUUGGGGGAGACCUUCUCCUCCUCGGGGGCUGGGACACACCGUCCCAAUGGCUCACGGGAAGCCACCGAUCUCCCAGCACCUCCCGGGGAACCUUUGCUCACAAGCUCCCUCUCUGCUUCUGAAGGCACUUUCAGAGGUGUCAGAAGCAGCCACAGACCAGUUAACAGCUCAACGACAGAGAAAAACCACAUUGCUUCCUCUCCCACCAGCGCUUUCAUUUCAGCCAUGGCCACCGGCAGUGGCGGGAGGCCCCCGAGGUCCGCCACAGGCAGCAGCCGAUGGGCAGCAGAAGUCUCCACGUCCAGCAGUGGCACGUACAGGUCCUUGGGCACAAUCCGAUCCUCAUCCGCCUCUUCUGAGCGAGAGACCUAUGGAAUCCAUGGGUCCAGAGAAACCACGGAUUUCACGGAGCAGGUGUCAGACUCUUUGCUAACACACUCCCUUUCGGAAGGUCCUUCCCCAGCUACUGGAAGCAGCCAUGUGCCAUUCAGCAUCCUGUCAACAGAGAGGAGAACCGAUUUCCCUACCACCAGUACCUCCAUUUCCACAACAGCCACCAAGAGUGGAGGGAGGACGUUACGGUCUCUGCCAGCCAGCACCAGACUGGCCCAAACAGCAGAGAUUUCCACCACUGGUGCUGAAACCAUCAGCUCUCCAGACCAUACGCAGUCCACUUUGGGAGCCCAGGGUGGAGGUGGCAGAGGUGCCACCGUGUCGUCCAUGGACCCGUUGCUCACAGGCUCGCCGUCUGCUUCGGAAAGCACUUCCCCAGCAGGAGGGACCUUGGCUAUGGGAGGACGCCUGCCCAAUGCUCCUCUCACCAGUACGCCCAGCUCAGUGAUAGCCACCAGCAGUGGGGAGAGGAGCACAGUGCCCAUGUCAGAUACCCGCACAGCAUCCAGCGCGGCAGGGAGCUCCACUCCCGCUCUGCCCCGCACCAGCUCCUUGGAUGUGGUCCUUCUGCCAUCCUCAUCGGCAACAGAGCCUGGGAGGCAGAGCAAUGUUUCGCAGAGUGGUGCCGGACUCGGUGAGCUUCCAACGAAGCUGCUGCCUGCAUUUUCUCCCAGCAUUUCAGUGCCUUUGACAUCACCAAGUGCUUCAGAGAGAGGAAGAAUAAUUUCUGGUGUUCCUACUGAGACCAUGUACAUCUCGACCACACUCUCCAGCCACAAGGAGGGGACAUCUCAGGCUGCAGCUAACCGCGGCAUGUGGAGCACAGCAGCGGAAAGCCCCACGUCUCACCCGGACAUGGCCAGGGAGACCAGCACUGGCUCCCUCCCAUCCUCCACGGCAUGGCCUGGAGCGGGACAUGUCUCAUCCAGCCGAGCAGGGUACCCUGAACCCAAGGGCACCCUUUCAUCCAGGGUCUCCACCUACUUCCCAGCCACUGGUGAACCUUCCACCGUGGGCAGCAGCCAUCACUCCCUAGGCAGCUCGAGUGCUGAGGAAGGAAUGUCCAGCACCAUCACCAUCACCAAUCCUGUGUACGGUUCGUCUGUGUCUGCUGGCGGUGAAGAGAGGAUGCUGCACUCGGUGACGGAUGGUGCACUGGCCAGUGGCACAGAGAGCUCCGCUUCCGACACCGAAACUGCCAGCUCUUCAGGGCCGGCUCAGCCAGCAUUGAUGGAGCAGAACAGGACGGCCAAUGCCUCCACCAGCAGUGGGGGCUUUGGAGGCUUUGCAACGGAGACACUCUUCGCACGUUCUUCCAAGAUCCCCACUUCUUCUUUCCAAAACGAUCUCACAAGCUUUUCAAGUAGCCAUCAGCCAGUCAGUAGCAUUGAUGCUGAGAAACGAACCUCGGUUUCUCAUACGGAUGGCACAUACAUUUCAACCACAUAUACCAGAGGAGGAGAAAGGACUCUCCUGUCUAUCUCGAAUAGCAGCACCUCUGCUGAAUCCUCGGAAAGUUCCACCUUUUUUUCUGAAAUUUCCAACCCUUCUGAUCCAUCGAAGUCUUCUGUGGCACAGGACAGGAGGAGCAACAUGUCCAGCAAUGGCAGUCUUGUUGAACCAUCUACAGAGCCGUUGCUGGUACACUCUUCCGAACUGUUGACUUCUGCUUCUGCUGGCAGUGUACAAAAUACAACUCUCUUCAACACUGACUCUGAGUUGUUGACCACUGGCAGAUCAUCUCUAUCUUCAUCAGCAUUUCCAGCCUCUUCCUCGGUGUCAUCGCUGCAUCACUCGCCGUCAUCAACACCAUCACCAACUUAUUUGUUUACAUCAUCAGAGUCACCUGAGCCACUCUCAUCCUCUGCGAUGGCAUCUUCACCCCCUCUGCAGGCUUUGUCGUCCUCCUCACCCACUUCCUCAUUGCUUUCCUCAUCUUAUUCAUUAGCAUCUUUAUUGCCUCUGUUUUCAUCACCAUCAUCCGUCUCGCAGUCCAACGACAGUGAUGAGGCAAGCACCUCUGUAGCUACGACUGUGGUCAGGCGGGUGCACUCCACAGCCACUGUGGUCAGAAGCUUGCCCAGAGGGACCGACAAGCACAAUGUCACGCACCAGCCCCAAAACAGCACCACCUUCAUCUCCACUGGGUCCCCUCAUCUCCCCACGGUGCCCAUGGAGCUGCUUGGUGGAAACAUUGUGACUGUGUCUGCUCCUGCGAUGGUAAUGGACACCGCCUCGCCGAGAGCUACCACCACCCAGGGAGGCAGCUUUGGGAAGGUGACAUCGCUGCUUACCAUGGCCAGCAAUGCCCCACGGGCUGGGCCAACGGAUGCACCCCUUCGUCCCUCACCAAGUGCAACAAACCACAGUGUCAUCAUCCCUGCGGUGGCACUGACCACAGUGAAACCUCCUGUGCUGACAACACCAGCCAGUCACCGACCAACCUCAGGUGAUGCUAGCACCAUGAAAGCCCACAGAGCUCAAACGCCCAUUGCCACUAAGCAUGUGUAUACCACUGGUGAAAGCACAGAAGCUGUGGAUCCCACCACUGUAAGGCCUGGUAAAGUCACCGAGAAAAACAUCCCUGCUACGAGUCCUUCUGAAGCCCCUCCCACCAGCAAGACCACUGUGAACAUUGCAACUACUUUGGCUGCUACCAAACCAACCACUGUUCCUCCAUCAAGUAGCACAACUAGGCUGAGGACAUCGUCUCUGGCAACAGAUGUGGAUAGAUGUCUUUCCAACCCUUGUCCUGCGCUGGCCACCUGCAACAACACCCACGGCUCCUAUAUCUGUCAGUGUCCUCUUGGAUAUGAGCUGGAAAAGGGAAAGUGCAAUUUAGUAAGAACAUUCGUUGGCCAAGUCCCCCUGAAACCUAAUAGUACUCAUGGGAAGUACACAGAGCUCCUCCACAUCGAGGGUGAAAUCCUGGCGCUGCUGAAUGGAUCCCUCUCAGGCUUGCCGGGGUACCACCACUCCACAGUUAAGGCGACCAGGGAGGCAAAUUUUGUGCAUGUUUCAGUGCAAUCCACGUUCUCUUUAGCAUCCAACGUGACUUUCUAUGACGUUGUCAGCAGCGUGAAAAGCUACAUUCGAGCUUGCAAAUCCCCCACCGAAACCUGCCAGUUCAUCUCCAGCCUGAAACUGCUCCACAGAGUUGGCAGCUUGUGCAGGCAGAAAGACCCCGAAUGUGACAAGGAAACUUCUGAAUGCACCGACUUCGACGGAGUCGCGCUCUGCCAGUGCAAAAGUGGGUACUUCAAAUACAACAAGAUGGACCACUCCUGCAGAGCCUGUGAAGAUGGAUAUAAGCUGGAAAAUGAGACCUGCGUGAGCUGCCCGUUUGGCUUAGGUGGAUUCAACUGUGGAAACCCGUAUCAGCUCAUCACCGUGGUGAUCGCGGCUGCAGGAGGGGGACUUCUGCUUAUCAUGGGCAUAGCGCUGAUUGUCACCUGCUGCCGGAAGAAUAAAAAUGACAUAAGUAAACUCAUUUUCAAGAGUGGAGACUUCCAGAUGUCACCAUAUGCUGAAUAUCCAAAGAACCCCCGGGCACAGGAGUGGGGCAGAGAGACCAUUGAGAUGCAAGAGAACGGAAGCACCAAGAACCUAUUGCAGAUGACAGAUGUGUAUUAUUCGCCAACUGGACUGAGAAAUCCUGAACUGGAAAGAAACGGACUUUAUCCUCCCUACACUGGUUUGCCUGGAUCUCGACAUUCAUGCAUCUACCCUGGACAAUACAAUCCAUCCUUCAUCAGUGACGAAACCAGAAGAAGAGACUAUUUUUAGCAGGGAGUGGAGAGGGAGUGGAAGAUUGACACAAUUUUGUGGCCCUUGAUCCCCAGGUACAAUCUGUGUCCUGGGCAGUUCAGCCCACAUCAAUCUUACUGUCCCCAUUUAACAGGAAGGACUUUGAACUCCACGCCAAGCGCUGCUGCCCUGAGGAACGGUUACGGUUGCCUUGCGGCAGAGAGGAGGAGGACAAGGGAAUGGCUCAAGGUGCACAUCACUGAAAGGCCCAGAUGGAAGUUAACACGUGUACUCUGGAUUUGUUCUGUGCUGCUGCUUCACUCUUUACGCUACACGGCAAGCAUGGAUCAGUACAGGCAGAUGAACUGUGCCCAGCACUCUGCAUUGAAUACCACUAGGGAGUGUUUUGUUUACAGAUCUUGUUCACUGUUGACUGUGCUUGUCUUCUUAGCCAACCUUCAUGCAAAGUGUCACUCUUUUUGGUAUGGCAGGUUUGUCCCCUCUCAUUUCCAUUGCUGCAUUGCUUUCUGCUUUGUACACAACAAGGAAGCUGGCUGGUCCUCUGGCCCUCACCUUCUUACUGGUAGAAGUUCUCCAGAUGGUUAGGUCCUUGCUGAAGCCUGGUGCCUGGCAACAUUGGCUGAAUUCAUGGGCUGAUUGUCUCCAAGGAGUAUGGGAAAGUUAGUCAUAGCACUGCAAUUCUAACUGAAACAAGACACAGUUGAUCCUGUACGCCCCUUUGAAAGCUUCUUGUAUAUGGGGAAGAGUCCGAGUAUGUUGUUGUUUUGUCAACCAGCGUUGUUCAGAAGUGAUGCCACUACACAUCGUCAUAGUGCUUCCGCAUAGGAUCUUAUGGGACUCUGUUUCCCUGCAGAGAUUUAGAUGCCUGUAGAAAUAGUAAUGUAAUGUUAAAUAGUUGCUCACAGGGAAGAAAAACAUGAGCUGGGAAUUCAGCAUGCUCCUUACGAGGAAUCUGGGAAGGAGCAAUAAUGCUAUAGCCCUGUUUGGGCAGGUGGAACAU